AUGUACUCGCGUAGAAAUUUCGGAUCAGCGAAAGAAAUAUCAUAUAGAUCAACAUCACAGUCCCCUUCCUUAGAUGUACGUGAUGGUUAUACCGAACAACAACAAUUGCAAUACACAAAAUAUUUGAAAAAGCUAAGGAAUGAAUUUGAAGAACGUUGGUGUAAGACGCCCACAUUCGAUAUAGCUUUUUCUGAUCUGGAACGCGUAAAAACUCUAGGAACGGGAGCUUUUGGCAGAGUAAUAUUAUUAAAACAUUUGAAAAGUUCAAAAUAUUAUGCAAUGAAAGUGUUAGAAAAAGAAAAGAUUAUAAAAAUGAAGCAAGUAGACCACACUUUGUACGAGAAACGUAUUUUGGAAGCCAUAAAAUUUCCUUUCACAGUCUCUAUGGAAUGUAGUUUCAAGGAUAAUAGCUAUAUUUACUUUAUAAUGCCCUUUAUACCAGGCGGAGAAAUGUUCACUCACCUUCGACGAAUGGGUAAAUUUGAAGAGCCUUUAGCGAAAUUUUAUGCUAGUCAAGUAAUUUUAGCAAUAGAAUAUCUGCACUUCUGCAAUCUAGUUUACCGUGAUUUGAAACCUGAAAAUAUUUUAAUCGAUAAAAAUGGUUACUUAAAAAUUACAGAUUUUGGGUUCUGUAAAAUACUACAGGGCAGAACGUGGACCUUAUGCGGUACUCCAGAAUAUCUUGCUCCAGAGCUAAUUUUAAGCAAAGGAUAUGGAUUUUCAGUUGAUUGGUGGUCAUUUGGGGUAUUACUAUUUGAAAUGAAUGCAGGUUAUCCUCCGUUUUACGCAAACGAUCCUAUGAAAACGUAUGAGAAAAUCGUCAGUGGAAAAUACAGGUGCCCAUCUAGUUUCAAUGCGGAUUUGAGAGAUCUCGUGCGAAAUGUACUACAGGUGGAUAUUACUAAACGACUCGGCGUUAUGAAAAAUGGCGUCAUGGAUUAUAAGAACCACAGAUGGUUCAGAGGGAUUGAGUGGGAGGCUAUUCUUAACUGUCGGAUUCCGCCACCAUUUAUUCCGAAAUACAAAUCUCCAGGCGACACGAGUAAUUUUGAACGUUACGAUGAAGAGUCAAUAACUCCUGCUUCUUAUUGCCGUUUUGAAUCUGAAUUUAUGGACUUCUAGAAAAGAUUUACUGUGGUACAGUGUAUUUUAUUUUAAACGAGGUAUAGAUAUUUUUAUGAUCUAUAUUGAAUAAAGAGUUUAAAGCUGA